AAUGUUAAAAGUGGGCCCCGAUCGGCUUUUACUCCCUUUGGGAAAUCCUACACAAUUCUGCGCGCGAAAGACCCACCCUCGGUGAGGCGCGAAAGCCGAGAAGCUUAGACUCAAAGCCUCGCUGACAAAUCAAGAGAUGACUCCGCAUUUAAAACCUUCCCGAAUAGGAACGCGCCAGAGGCCGGAAGCUACGCCACGUGACCAAUCCUACUCCGCGGCCAUUCCUAGUGAGGCAGUAGGCACCGCCUCUGUCACAUUUCCUAGCUCCUACAGCGCGGGACCGGGCGGAAACGUGCGACAAGAGGCGGUCCCACCUAGCUUCGGAGUGUCACUAGAACUCGCGUCUUUUCCAGCAAUGCUUUGCAAGUACUUCACCGCAAAGAACAGCCGCAGACUUCCGCCUGGGUGCCAACCACGUGAUCACGCGAGCGUUGGAGAGGCGUAGCCUAAAUUAUACAGAUCUGUGAUUGAAGAUGUCAUUAAUGAUGUGAGAGACAUCUUUCUGGAUGAUGGCGUGGAUGAACAAGUGCUGAUGGAACUAAAAACUUUAUGGGAAAACAAACUAAUGCAGUCCAGGGCAGUAGAUGGAUUUCAUUCAGAAGAGCAGCAGCUUCUACUGCAAGUUCAACAGCAGCAUCAACCCCAGCAGCAGCAGCAUCACCACCAUCACCAUCAUCAGCAAGCUCAGCCUCAGCAGACGGUACCUCAGCAAGCGCAGACCCAGCAGGUCCUUAUUCCUGCAUCACAGCAAGCCACAGCACCACAAGUUAUUGUUCCAGAUUCUAAGUUGAUACAGCAUAUGAAUGCAUCAAACAUGAGUGCUGCUGCUACGGCUGCUACCUUAGCACUUCCUGCAGGUGUGACUCCUGUUCAGCAGAUACUAACAAAUUCAGGCCAGCUUCUUCAGGUGGUCAGAGCAGCCAAUGGUGCCCAGUAUAUCUUUCAGCCUCAGCAGUCAGUGGUUCUACAACAACAGGUGAUACCACAGAUGCAGCCUGGUGGAGUACAAGCCCCUGUUAUACAGCAGGUACUGGCUCCUCUUCCUGGAGGGAUUUCACCACAGACAGGUGUCAUCAUCCAGCCUCAGCAAAUCUUAUUUACAGGAAAUAAGACUCAAGUUAUACCUACGACAGUGGCAGCACCUACACCAGCCCAAGCACAGAUAACUGCAACUGGCCAGCAGCAACCACAGGCCCAGCCUGCUCAAACACAAGCUCCAUUGGUCUUACAAGUUGAUGGAACUGGGGAUACAUCGUCUGAAGAAGAUGAAGAUGAAGAAGAAGACUAUGAUGAUGAUGAGGAGGAAGACAAAGAGAAAGAUGGAGCUGAAGAUGGGCAGGUGGAAGAAGAGCCCCUCAAUAGUGAAGAUGAUGUGAGUGAUGAGGAAGGACAGGAACUCUUUGACACAGAAAAUGUUGUUGUAUGCCAGUAUGAUAAGAUACACAGAAGUAAAAACAAAUGGAAAUUUCAUCUCAAGGAUGGCAUUAUGAAUCUUAAUGGAAGAGAUUAUAUAUUUUCCAAAGCCAUUGGAGAUGCGGAAUGGUGAAGAGUUGCUUUUUUUCUUUUAUAAAUAAAAGAAACUUAAAAAAAGUUUAAAGUGGACAGUUUGAAACUUGGGGCAUAUGCCACCCAAAACUUCAUUUCUGCAUGUCAGAAAAGUGCAGUAGAAGCAAAGCUACUGGAACAAAGAUAGACCUUGACAACAUAGACACUACUUACUGGCAAGCCAUGGAACUGUAGCACCUGGGGUUGUUGGGUGGGAGGGUUGGGAUUUUGUGUAGGAAAACCAUAAUUGUUGAUUUUAAAUACAGGUACCUGCCACCGGUAAUUAGCAUGUAAAGCUUUGUCUAUAUUCCUUCCUCCAACUUGGGUUCAAUCAGAAGAUACUUGUUGGAAUGAACUGAAGAAACUUCGGUUUUGAUAGAUUGAACUGAAACUGCUUAUUGUAUGUGGUUAUAUUUGGUAAAAGUUGCGUGUGAGCUUUUUACAAAAGGGUAAGAAUUGUGUUGAAUUUUAAUUCACUUGUAUAAGAAAACGAUUUAAAACUCUCAUAAUAGGUCUUAAAUAUUUUUACUUGCUAUUCUCCCUCAGUGAUAUAUACCUCUUCCUUUCCAGCUUUAUGAAACAUCUAUUUAAGAUUUAAAGUUAUCAGUGAUCAUAGUUUGGAGAUAAAAUUUGACCCAGGAAUGAAUAUUUAUUUUAAUUAGGUUUUCAUACUUACUAAAUGUAAUUAAAGACUUGGGUCUUGUCUGAGUUCGGUGGAAUUGAAACGACAACUUUAAUUUCCUUACAGAAAAACUUAAUUUGUUUCUUUUAGUGCCACACCUUAAAAAGAAACCCCAAACUAGCUCCUCAGGAAUAUAGUUUUAUUUUGCAAGCAUACCAUCUAGCUGAAACUGUAUACACAUGAAUAUAUGUAGACUUUUCCUGUUGGGCUGAAGUGUGUGCUUAUAAAUGUGUUUAGUUUUUAAGCUAAACAUCCAGUGAACAGUCUGUGCAUUGAUUAGCAUAGGGCAGGUGGUGAGGACCUGGAUUUUUAUUAAACAAUUUAGUAAUUAUAAAAGUUUCUUGUGUUUACUAGUAAAGAAUUUUAAAAAUCUAUUCUAAUUCAACAAGUUUCUAAAAUCAACUUUGUAAUUUGAGGGGAAAAUUUGGGGGGAAGAGGUGGGUGGGCCACUAAGUUACCUCUCUUUCAUUUGGUGGCCCUUCCAGGCCAUUGAAAAUAAAGACGUUGGCUCCAGUUUGCACAUCGGGAAGAAAGCAUAGAAAUUUGACUUGUAUAUUAAAAAUAAUAGAAAUGUAAUAUGUAUAUUAAGAAUGCAUAGGUCUGUAUUCUGUAAGGGGCUCUGAAGAACAAUAUGGCACUGCUGUGUUCAGUGUGAAUUCGCUGCCUGGGAGAACUGCAGGAAUGCUUGUCUUCACCAUUGUGUUCUUACAACGAAUUCAACUUUCCAUGGUUUAUCUUGACAAAAUUUACAUGUGUUUAGGUUACUUGUAUAUUGAUAUAUAUUUUUUAAUCUUCAGUUUUUGUCUUCCUUUUGCCUUUGUGUUUUCAGAAGUAACACAUAAACACUUUUUCAAGUACAUUACAAAGAAGAAAACUGUGAGCUACUAUAUAGUGUUUCUUUUUUAACACAAAUCUUUUAACUUUAAAAAAAGGCAAAAAUUUUUUUUUCAACUUCCCACCCAGCUUACCACCUUGAUCUCUUUAAAUUAUGUUCUAAACUUUGGUGUAAAUGGUGGUGUCUAGCAUGCUAGUAGUUAGAUUUUAUUUAGCUGCCAUAACUGGUAAUACAGUUUUUAUUUUUACUAUAUUAAUUAGUUUUUUGAGGGGAAGUUUGUUUAUUCUGCAACUCUCAAAGCACACAGAGGUUUUAGAAUAUAUAUUAUUAUUAAUGAGACUGAGAGAAGAGAAAAUGGGAGGGAGUAACAUCACAGAAGUCCUGUUGUUCAGCUGUUCUUCAGUAUAGUUGCUAGUAGGUUUGUAUUUACUCAAUAAAGAAGUCAGUGACCUGAACUACCUAUAAAAAUUCAGCAGUGCUGCAGUAUUGCUUAAGUGAAACCCUUUGGCUAUCUAGUAGUUUUUAUGCUACUGAAACUUGGAUUACUGUAUGAUGCUCAGCUUGUCUUGGGCCCUUUAUGUAGACAUUCAUAUUCAUAGUAGCGUUGUUUACUGGCCUGUUUUAUAACUUUAUUUUUCAAAUAUUAACAACCACUGCUUUCAGAGUAGUUAUUUUGUUAUUUUUGAAGCAGGAAAUAACCAUUUGUAUUGGCACCUGUGUAUUGCAUAUUAAUUAUGGUAUACUUGGCAAAUGCUUUUCUUUUACCUGUGAAAAUUCUGAAGGCUGGUCCAAGCUACAUUGCAUACCAAAUUGUGCUCUUACAUAUUAUUUACAUUGUGUCCUUUUUAAUUAAAUAGCAUGUUUUAGUUUUAUUAUAGUAGCUUUUGCUGUAAGAAUGUCACUUGCUUAUCUUUUAUUGUACUUGAAUUCUUAAUCAUGCUUUUAACAUUGUAUUUAACAAAUCAUUUCGUAUUAGGUUCCAUUGAAAUGUCAUUCCUUUGAAAAGGCAAGGGAUUUCCACUUUCAGAAUUUUAAAAUGAAAGUAGCAUGUUUAUCUAAAGGCAGAAAAUAGUUCAGACUUGGUACUAUGAAAAUAAGUAAUGGUUUCUGGAGAGGAUUUGUUUAGAUUUGCACAGAUGGUGAUGGCACCUUUUACUUUAAAAAAUUAACAUUAAUCAACAGUGCUAAAGAAAAUUUACCCAAAAUUACAAGAUAAAACAUGGAAAUGUGUGCCUUUCAGUAUACAAACUCUUGCUUGGUGGUCUUUUGUGUAAUCAGACCAUUUGAAUGCCUGAGAGCAUGUUUAAUUUCUGUGGAGUGCCACAUAAUGGCUAAAACAACUCUUUAAUGUGCAAUUAAUUUCUAGAGUAAAAUGUCUGUUAUAUGAGGGGGAUCUUUAUAUUGGGCUUUUCUAUUUUUUAAAUGUUCACAUUUCUUUCUGUUAAUUAAAAUGCCAUCAUAAUGUCACAUUUACACUGUUGCCUCUUUUAAAAGCAAAGCCACUCUGUUCUAAGAUUACAUCAAGACUUGAGCAGUGUGUAGUAAUUAAAAUGUAUGCUUGCUGAGCAUAAUAGAUUCUGGUUUUAGGAAAUAACAUAUAGCUUUUAUAUGAAUAUUUUCUUUUGCUAUAGUGAAAAAGAUUUUUUUUUUUUUUUUUCCUGGCUUUUAUGGAGGAAUGAAAAGAGUUGUCUCCCUCUAAGAGUAAUUUUUGAUUCUCAUAGCAAUAAUGUCACCAUUCUUACCAGAGGGUGAAUACCCCUUGUAUAGGAAAACAGACGUAAUUUCCUUUUGGGAGUUCUCUUUAUGACUUAGCAUUUUCUUCCACUUGAGAAAAUUCCUGUUUUUCCGAUUAUUUCAUAUUGAACUUUUUUUUGAGCUUUUGUGCAAUGUAAUAGUUUAUUGAUCCAUCUUUGUACAUUUUCAUUUUAUUUCAUGUCUUUCUUCCAUCUACCUGUCAGAAUCAGCUAUAGCAGAUUUUGAAUUCUUUAGUAAAAAAUAGUUGCUUUAUUUGUUUCCUCAUGAGUUUGUUAAAUAGCUUUGCAUUUUAGUCCUCUAUUAUGCUAUGGAAAUGACUAUGAAGUUUAUAUUCUUCCCUUUUUAAGCCUGCCUUACUCUGUCUUUUGUCAUUGUCUAUGGUUUAAUGAAGAACACACCAAACUAACAUUUUUGUUUAUUUUGAGGAACAAAAAAAACUUUUUCUCUUCUCUUUUAAGGGAAGUUGCUACACAUUGAGUUAGUAACUACUCUUUCAGUCAAGGUUCCUUAAUAAGUCCGGUCUGUAUCAGGACUAUGAUUUGGGGGGCAGGGCUAAUCCUUUUUGCUGUUCUGAGCUACUAUUGUCAACUGCUGUUGUACAUACUGUUAUGUGUAAUGGCGUAAAUAUAUUUAUUAUGUUUGUAAAAUUCAUUGCAGAUCAAGGUUGCUCUUCUGUGAUAUAUGGGAUAUUAUGUUUUAAAGACCAUCUUGGAAUACAAUUAGAGAACUUAGUAUUUUGAUGUACUAAGACCUAUUUUAAGUUUAAUAUUCUACCUUUGCAAAAACUUUAAUUAAAGAUGUUAUUUAAAAAAAGUAAUGUUGCUUGCUUUGCUUACUAGUAUAUGGCAUUGUUAUAGAUAAUUGAAUAAAAUACAAUUUAGAAAGGAAAA